AAAAAAAAUGAGCAAUGGAUCUGUGAAAGACAUAUUGAAAGACAAGAAAAAAGUUAGAUUUGUGGCUGAAAGCGCAUUUAAGUAAGUGGAUAAAGAUGGUAAUUGAAGCAUUUAUUUAAAAUAUAGGAAGCGGAUACCUUGAAAGACCAGAACUGGAAGAAGUUAUGAAUAAUGUAGCAGCUGAUUUAGGAGUUGAAGUAUUAUAAAUUAGGAUAUUCAAAGCCACCAACAAGUGAAGAAAUUGAUGAAGUUUUAAAAGAAUUAGAUGAAAAUGGAGAUGGAAAAUUAUCAAUUGAUGAAUUUUAAGUACUUAUUGAACAAGUUCUUGAAAUGAUGGCUAAAGUUGAAGGGUGAUAUAUAUAAUAUGCAC